UGACACAGAUGGAAACGCCAGAUCAAAAGUGAUAAAAUGACUCUGAAAUAAAAAAUUAAAGGCCCGUAGAAUUAUGGUUGAAAACCUUAAAAACAGAUGAUUUUCUUUUUGAAGCAAUGCUAAUUUUAUUUUAUUUUUUUGCUCUGAUUUUUGCUGUUUUGCUUGGUUAAGAUCAGAUUGAGCAACAGCCUCCUUCACUCUCACUGACCUGACAGAUCGCUCAACAGCAAAUCCCUUAAUCAAUGUUCUACUUUGUGGAUUUUUUCAUUUAGCACACAUUAGCAUGUUAUAUAACCAGCUAAAGUCACUUUCCCUUGCUUAUCCAACUCAGAAUCAGUGGUUGGUUGAGGUGGUUUGAUGCUUUAUAUUUAUUUUGUAAUUAUCUUUUUUUCUUGCUUUGUAAAAGUCAUCACUCUGCUGCCUUCAGACUUAUUCAUGUUUGAAAUAAUCAGCAUAUGAUUGGGAAAUCCUGGACUGACAUAUCGAGUUGAUAACGCCAGCAGUACCCGAAUGGUGACGUGAAAGAGAAUUAACACAGGAAAAAACAAACAAACUUUGAAAUGAUAAAUAUGAUAAAGUAGGACCUCAGCUGUGGAGCCCGAGAAGUACAUGCUGAAAUACAAAAUUACAUGAAACACAUACUGUCAGUUCUUUAUUUGAGUUAAGGCAUGAAUACAAAAUUGAGAACUCUGUCACAGAGACUACUGCUGAAACAGACAAAGGUCUGUGCUACAAGCCUGAUUGUUCAUUUGUGCCUCUGCUGAAAUGUGAAUGUCAGGCUCUGGCUGCUAGGCUGGAGCAGACAUGCAUUAUACGUUAUGUUUUGUAGGAAUUUUGUUUGCAAAUGGAGAAUCGUGGAAAGAGCUGAGACGUUUUGCCCUCACCACCCUCAAAAACUUUGGGAUGGGCAAAAGGCUUUCUCAGGAUAAAAUCCUGGAGGAGUGUGGUUAUCUGAUUCAAGUGAUUGAAGAGCAUAAAGGAAAUGCUUUUGAUACAGCUCUUCCAGUAACUUACGCAACAGCCAACAUUAUCUCCUCUAUUGUGUACGGAAGCAGAUUUGACUACGGUGACCCUGUAUUCAAGAAUAUGGUGAAGCGAGCCAAUCAAACCAUAUGUGCCUCAGUUCCUCACCAAACUAGCCAAGAUGUCACCUUCAAGGGAUACUUUAUCAAAAAAGGAACUAUUGUGUUUCCCCUUCUCACCUCUGUCCUGUAUGAUGAGAGUGAAUGGGAGAGCCCACACACUUUUAACCCUUCACAUUUUCUGGACAAAAAGGGUCAAUUUGUCAGGAGAGAUGCCUUCAUGCCCUUUUCUGCAGGUCGCAGGAUGUGUCUCGGAGAAGGUCUGGCUAAGAUGGAGCUCUUCCUCUUCUUCACCUCCCUCAUUCAGCGCUUUCGUUUCACUCCUCCACCUGGAAUUACAGAAGAUGAACUGGAUCUCACACCAGCUGUGGGAUUCACCACCCCUCCUUCAUCUCAUAUGCUGUGUGCUGUCAGUCGCCAGUGAGAGACACAUGGAACUUGACAUUAUAGCGUUUACUUGUGACAGUAGCAUAAGCAAUAGCAUCAAACAGAUGUCAGCAUUCUGAACAACAGGCAAAGGCAGAUGUCAAGGGAACAGAUUUUUCUGGCUACUUUUUAGUUUUACUCCCUACAGUUUCAAACAAAUAUCUGUACUUUCUACUUAUUACGUUUUCAAAACAGGCUCAUUACUUUGGCUGUAAUGCAUUCGGGGGGAGUUAUUAUCUCGUCACUGCGGACCUUUGUUUGUUUAUUAAUCACCAGUGGAUAAAAAAAGAUGACAUGUGUCAAAGUCAGGGAUUAAAAGUGAUUGUUUUUAAGCGUCA